AUGCCUGUCAACAGCACCACCCUGACGUGGGCCAGCAUAUUCUACAUCAUCAUGGAGAUUGUCAUUGGGCUCUGCGCCAUACUGGGCAACGUGCUGGUCAUCUGGGUGGUCAAGCUGAACCGCAGCCUGCAUACCACCACCUUCUAUUUCAUUGUCUCCCUAGCCCUGGCUGACAUUGCUGUUGGGGUGCUGGUCAUGCCCCUGGCUGUUGUCGUCAGCCUGGGCCUCACGGUCCACUUCUACAGCUGCCUUCUCAUGACCUGCUUGCUGCUGGUCUUCACUCACGCCUCCAUCAUGUUCUUGCUAGCCAUUGCUGUGGACCGAUACCUGCGGGUCAAGCUCACGGUCAGAUACAGGAGUGUCACCACUCAGAGGAGAAUAUGGUGCGCCCUGGGCCUUUGCUGGCUGCUGUCAAUCCUGGUGGGGUUGACCCCCAUGUUCGGCUGGAACAUGAAACUGUCCCCAGGGCCCCCCAGAAAUGUGACCUUCUUUCCUUGCAAGUUCCGUUCGGUCAUGAGGAUGGACUACAUGGUGUACUUCAGCUUCUUCACUUGGAUUUUCAUCCCCCUGGUUGCCAUGUGCGCCAUCUAUAUGGACAUCUUCUGUAUCAUCCGGAACAAACUCAGUCUGAACUUUUCCAGCUCCAGGGAGACAGGUUCAUUUUAUGGACGGGAGUUCAAGACGGCCAAGUCCUUGUUCCUGGUUCUCUUUCUGUUUGCCUUGUCCUGGCUGCCUUUAUCCAUCAUCAACUGCAUCAUCUACUUUAAUGGUGAGGUGCCCCAGGUGGUGCUGAACUUGGGCAUCCUGCUGUCUCACGCGAACUCCAUGAUGAACCCUAUCGUCUAUGCCUUUAAAAUAAAAAAGUUCAAGGAGACCUAUUUCUUUAUCUUCAAAACCUGUAUGAACUGCCAGCCCUCUGAUUCCUUGGACCCACAUAUUGAACAGAUUUCUUAGUAGUUAUCCAUGAAAGAUGAUUGUCUGACCUUCAGAUUCAACAUCAACACACAAUUCAGGUCCUAGCCACCUGGGCCGAGGUCUUUCACGUCCGUGAUUCCUCCCACUGAUGUGAGAAGCAUUUGGCCGGCUGUCUCCGAUUGUACCUCUUCUACUACCCUCUGCCUCUAAUUUGAUUUUUUUCCCCCUUUGUCAUUCCUCCCUAAUUCAAUUCUCUGGAUGCCUGACUUGAGUACAAUGUUCUAUUGUUAAUAUUGCCCGUGUUCCUCCUUCCCCCCCAAAAGAAGUCACAGAAUCUGAAGGAUGCCUCAUUGAUUUACUGAUAAAAGGUCCCAUUCAGGCUGGACAUGCCUGUGGUGGCGACUCCGUUCCACUCCAUGGACCCUGCUCUCAGCAGAUGCCCGGGAGACGGUGGGGACAGGAAUGAGCUGAGUUUAAGGGGAUACUUACACUGCCAAACCCAUCUGUAAAUGUAUCUGAGUCAAUAAAAGAUGAUGACCA